AUGGAAAUUUGGGAGUGGAAACUUGGCCGGAGGCAUCGGAGGUGGUCUUGGCGUGGAAAUUUGGGAGGUAGUCUAGGAGGUGGUCUCGGCGGUAGUGGACUAUCUAGUUCUCUCAACGCUGCUUUAAGCGGAAAUUUGGGAGGAAGUCUAGGAAGCGGUAUUAGCAGCAGUGGCAUUUCAGGUUCUCUGGCUGGUGCUCUAAGCGGAAAUUUGGGAGGUGGAAUUAGUGGUGUUGGUGCCGGCAGAUCUAUCUCCAUCAGCAUUAGUGCAUACCUUAGAUUGAUUUCCUACAUCUCUGCUCUUCAACAAACCAUCUCUGCCAAUACCUUAGCAGCAAGUUUGAGCGGUGGAAUCAGUGGUGGAAUCAGUGGAGGAAUCGGUGGUGGAGUAGGAGGUGGAUUCAUUGGUGGUGCUGGAUCUAACUUUGCUGGACAAUUUGACGGUGGAUUGGCUGGUUCUGUUGGCAGAUCUGGGUUCGGAACUGGAGUAGGAAGCAGCGGAUUUUCUGGACAAUUCGGAAGUAGAUUCAGUGCACAAAGUGGAAUCGGAGGUAUUGGAGGAGCCAGUGGUUUGAGUGGAGGACUUUCCGGAGGAUUAAGUGGUGGCAUUUCUGGUGGACUAGGAGGUGGUAUUGGAGGUGGUGCAGGAGGAAUCAGCAGUGCUAGCCUUCAAGCUGCUCUUCAAGGAAGUGUAAGCAGUGGAUUCGGAGGCAGAUCUGUUGGAAAAGUCAGGAUGAAUAUUUUUAUUACCGUACUCAUAGUGUCCGUUGCUUUUGCAAAUGCUGUACCCAGAUAUGGCGGCGGUAAAGGAGUAGGUGGAUCUAUCAGUGGAUCAAUUGAUGGAUCUAUUGGCGGAAAUGUUGGAGGUGGCUUCGGCAGUGGACUUUCCAGUUCUCUCAGUGGUGCUCUAAGCGGAAACUUGGUGGUGGCAUCGGAAGCAGAAUUGGCGGCUGGAAACUUGGCCGGAGGGAUUGGAGGUGGUCUUGGAAGCAGUGGGAUAUCUAAUUCUCUUGCUGGUGCUCUAAGUGGAAAUUUGGGAGGCAGUCUAGGAGGUGGUCUCGGUGGUAGUAGACUAUCUAGUUCUCUCAACGCUGCCUUAAGUGGAAACUUGGCCGGAGGGAUUGGAGGUGGUCUUGGAGGCAGUGGAAUUUCUAAUUCUCUUUCUGGUGCUCUAAGUGGAAAUUUUGGAGGUAGUCUGGGAGGUGGCCUCGGCGGUAGUGGACUCUCUAGUUCCCUCAACGCUGCUUUAAGCGGAAAUUUGGGAGGAAGUCUAGGAAGCGGUAUUGGUGGCAGUGGCAUUUCAGGUUCUCUGGCUGGUGCUCUAAGCGGAAAUUUGGGAGGUGGAAUUAGUGGUGUUGGUGCCGGCAGAUCUAUCUCCAUCAGCAUUAGUGCAUACCUUAGAUUGAUUUCCUACAUCUCUGCUCUUCAACAAACCAUAUCUGCCAAUACCUUAGCAGCAAGUUUGAGCGGUGGAAUUAGUGGUGGAAUCAGUGGAGGAAUUGGUGGUGGAGUAGGAGGUGGAUUCACUGGUGGUGCUGGAUCUAACUUUGCUGGACAAUUUGACGGUGGAUUUGCUGGUUCUGUUGGCAGAUCUGGAUUCGGAACUGGAGUAGGAAGCAGCGGAUUUGCUGGACAGUUCGGAAGUGGAUUCAGUGCACAGAGUGGAAAUAUCGGAGGAGCAGGCGGUUUAAGUGGAGGGCUUUCCGGAGGAUUAAGUGGUGGAAUUUCUGGUGGACUAGGAGGUGGUAUUGGAGGUGGUUCAGGAGGAAUCAGCAGUGCUAGCCUUCAAGCUGCUCUUCAAGGAAGUGUAAGCAGUGGAUUCGGUGGCAGAUCUGUUGGAAAAGGAUCAGCAUACUAA